CUCUCUAAACUUUCCCCACCUCCUUUCUCUCACUAAAAAGUUGAAAGUGAAUUUUUAUUUUUAUUUUAUUUUUUUUGUUCUCUUUUUCUUAGUUCUGAGCUGAAAAUUCUAACAUUCGAAUCUGCUUCUAUAUUGAUUUGCUGGGGUAUCAUUUAUUAACAAGUGGUUUGACUAAGAAAUUUUCAACACUCAGAAGAGCUAUUACUUAUGACCGUUCUUGCCAUUCGUAUUCUUCAAAGGUUGAAAAUUUGAUAUUUUAUUUUUCAUGUUUGGUUUCCUAGUUUUUGUCUGUUUUUGACUGUAGCCUAUUCGCUUUUUCAUGGGUUUUCUCUGUUUUUGUCUGAACUCUGAAAUCAUGCUUAGAUACCGUGAGUUGAAUUUAAUUUAAUCUCAUUUGAUUUUGGUCCUGCUUACUUUUCUUUUUUUGUUUUUAAAUAUAAUUGAAGCCAUUCAACUAUGAAGGCUUUCAACGUUUGGUUGCGGCUGCUUGAUGGCUGUGACUGAUUCUAUAUGCAAGACAAAACUACUAAACUCCCUUAUUGCGCCUUUUUUCUGUCUUAGAUUUCCCCCCUAUUUCUUCUGUGUCUACCUUUACACUUUGAUAUAUUGAUUUCUAUUUAGUUACAAGGAUUUUGGGACGUGAUAUUUACAUAGGUCUUAUAGUUAUCACUGAUGCUGAAGAACUUACAGUUUGAAGUUUAAGGGGGUGUUAGUGAUUGCAAAGACAUGGAUCGAAAUAGGGGAGAGAACUGGAGGGAAUUGGUGAAGAAGAUGCUUCCACCUGGUGCUUCUGUCCCUGGUGAUGCUUCUAAUCUUGACUACUCUAUAGCUAUGGAAUAUGUGGGUCCAGCAGUUUCGUAUGAAGUACCAAGAGUUGAGCCCCUAGAUGUAAAAUCAAGACCAAUUCCUACUGCUGAACCACUGUCACAAAGAUCGAUUACUCAUGCAGGGCCUAUGGUGAUUGAACCAAUCCCUCUGCCAGUGUCUCGUAUUGCUGGUUUAACAAGUUCUCCUAAUCAUAGUCCGAGGGUGUCUGGAAGUUCAGAAUCUGUGGUUUCUGUCUUACAAAACCCGGAUCUUUCUUCUGCUUCACCUUCAGCUUCACCUGCUUCUGUUCAUAAUCCUCCAAACAAUCCUCCUAAGCCAGUGAUUAAUGAAGCAAAGCGGGCACCUGUUGUCACUUUUAAUACUGUUGAUAGAUCUCAUACGAAAGACGUGGAGGUUGUGAAGCCCGUUUAUCCUGAAUACAUUGGGGUUUCAAAAGAAAGGAAGAAAAAGAAAAUAAGAGUUUGUUAUAGGUGUGGAAAAGGGAAGUGGGAAACUAAGGAGUCUUGCCUAGUUUGUGAUGCCAAGUAUUGCAGCAAUUGUGUGCUUAGAGCAAUGGGAUCUAUGCCUGAAGGGCGCAAAUGUGUAACAUGCAUUGGUCAGCCAAUUGAUGAAUCGAAACGACUGAAAUUGGGUAAAUAUUCAAGGGUGUUGUCCCGGUUGUUAAGUCCUAUAGAAGUUAAGCAAAUUAUGAAAGCAGAGAAAGAAUGUUCUGCUAAUCAGCUUCGGCCGGAGCAGCUGAUUGUCAAUGGAUUGCCCCUGAAGCCUGACGAGAUGGCUGAAUUACUUGGAUGCCCCUUACCUCCACGUAAGCUGAAGCCUGGUAGAUAUUGGUAUGACAAAGAAUCUGGUCUCUGGGGAAAGGAAGGGGAAAAACCUGACAGAAUCAUAAGUUCAAACUUGAAUUUCACCGGGAAACUGAGUCUUGAUGCUAGUAAUGGAAACACUGAGGUUUACAUGAAUGGUCGAGAGAUUACAAAACUUGAAUUGAGGGUACUCAAGCUGGCAAACGUGCAGUGUCCACGUGAUACACACUUUUGGGUUUAUGAUGAUGGUCGUUAUGAGGAGGAAGGUCAAAAUAACAUCAGAGGAAAUAUAUGGGAGAAGGCGUCAACUAGAUUUGUUUGUGCCCUGUUCUCUCUACCCUUUCCCCAUGGACAGCCCCAUGGGUCAAGAGAUGAGACUAGUAAUUAUACUGCUGUUCCUAAUUACCUGGAACAGAAAAAAAUUCAGAAGCUUCUUCUUCUUGGAAUUCAAGGUUCUGGAACUAGCACCAUAUUUAAGCAGGCCAAGUUUUUGUAUGGGAACAAAUUUACUGCUGAAGAGCUGCAGGAUGUCAAACUGAUGAUCCAGAGUAACAUGUACAAAUAUCUUAGCAUUUUACUUGAUGGAAGAGAGCGCUUUGAAGAGGAGGCUCUUUCUAGAAUGAAUGGACAAGGUUCUCCUAGUCAAACUACAGAACCAGGUAGCAAUGAUGAAGCAAGUAAUACUAGUGAAUGCAUCUAUUCCCUCAACCCAAGGCUAAAACAUUUCUCUGACUGGCUCCUGGACAUUAUAGCCACUGGAGAUUUAGAUGCAUUCUUCCCUGCAGCAACUCGUGAAUAUGCACCAUUAGUUGAAGAGGUGUGGAAGGAUCCGGCAAUACAAGAAACAUUCAAAAGAAAAGAUGAACUUCACUUUCUUCCAGAUGUUGCAGAAUACUUCUUAAGCCGGGCUGUUGAGAUAUCUAGCAAUGAAUACGAACCUUCUGAAAGGGACAUAUUAUAUGCAGAAGGGGUUACUCAGGGAAAUGGGUUGGCUUUUAUGGAAUUCUCACUUGAUGACCGAAUCCCAAAGUCUGAAACUUAUACAGAUAACUUGGAUGCUCAGCUUCCACCUCUAACCAAGUACCAACUCAUAAGGGUGAAUGCCAAGGGCAUGAGUGAGGGUUGCAAGUGGGUUGAAAUGUUUGAAGAUGUUCGAGCAGUGGUCUUUUGUGUUUCCCUAAGUGACUAUGAUCAGCUGUGGCUUGCCCCAGACAGUAGUGGCAGUGGAACACUUGUCCAAAACAAGAUGAUACAAAGCAAGGAGCUUUUUGAGACAAUGGUCAAGCACCCUUGCUUCAAAGAUACCCCUUUAGUACUGAUUCUGAACAAAUAUGAUAUGUUUGAGGAAAAGAUUAGUAGGGUGUCCCUAAAUGCUUGUGAAUGGUUCAAUGAUUUUUGUCCUGUUCGUGCACAUCACAACAACCAAUCACUGGCCCAUCAGGCUUACUUCUAUGUUGCCAUGAAAUUCAAGGACCUUUAUGCAUCCCUCACGGGAAGAAAACUUUUUGUGUCACAAGCACGUGCAAGGGACCGAACAACUGUUGAUCAGUCAUUCAAGUACAUAAAAGAGGUCCUCAAGUGGGAUGAGGAGAAGGAGGAGAAUUACUAUGGUCCACCGGAGGAUUCGUUUUACAGUACAGAUUUAAGCUCCUCUCCCUAUAUUAGACAAGAGUAAGUUAGUUUUCCAUCAAAAAUAUCAUUUGGCUAUUGUAAAUGGUGGAAAAUGUAACAACAUGCUGGCCAUGGCCAGCUCGUGUUUUCUAAUAUUUUUAUGUAUUCUGAAAUCUGAAAUGAAAGUUACUGAUGAUUUUGUUAGAAUCUUUCUAGAUGAACUUCUGUCGUGUAUCUACAUGUAUGCUUUCUCUUUGCACGUUGAGGUGCUCUUUUGUUUUUUG